UCUCUCUGACUGUCUUGCCUUUCUUUACGACCCUAACUGUCCUGCAUAAGGAACAGCACGGAUGAUGCGUGUUGCGCUUCAAUUAUUCAAUGAAAGAAGAAUCGCGCAAAAGAAGAGAUGGGCACCGUUGCUGGACUUUCACCUACCCGGUCAAUGGCAAAAUGUUGUCAGUACACCGUGUGGAUUGUACCUGUAGUGGUGGUUGUGCUCCAGCUUUGCGCUGCUUUUAACUUGGACACGGAGAAACGCGUCGUUUUCACGGGACCACGGGGGAGUUAUUUUGGCUAUUCAGUGGAGUUCUUAAGUAACUCAUCCAGUAUCAGUAUUUUGAUCGGCGCUCCGAAAGCCAACACCAGCCAACCCAACAUCACUGAAGGAGGAGCUGUGUACUUGUGCCCCUGGAGCCAAACUAACUGCACCAUUAUCAACUUUGAUAAGCAAGGUGAUCGAUAUUUUUAUAUAAAUGAUGUGAACACUCAGGUUGAGUUCAAGUCCCAUCAGUGGUUUGGAGCUACUGUGCGUUCCCAUGGUAACAGCAUCCUGGUAAGAAUGGGUCAGGAUUGGUUGGCUUGUGCUCCCAGGUAUUACUGGAGAACCGAACAUGACACACCCUUUGCCGAUGUUACAGGAACCUGUUACCUCUCUGUAGACAGCCUCAAAACGUUUGUGGAGUAUGCCCCCUGCCGAACAGAAAGACAUGGACCUGCUGGACAGGGCUAUUGUCAGGGGGGAUUUAGUGCAGACUUCACCAAGGAUGGGAGGGUUGUGCUUGGAGGACCAGGCAGCUUUUACUGGCAAGGUCAGCUGAUCUCAGCCACCACAGAGGAGAUUGCUAAGGCCUACUACCCCUCGUACUUUCUGCUGUCAGUCGCGGGGCAGAUUCAGACUCGACAGGUGCAGGGGAGCUAUGAUGACAGUUACCUGGGUUACUCUUUGGCUGGUGGCGAGUUCAGUGGGGAUGAUGAGGAAGAUUUCAUCACAGGAGUUCCAAAAGGACUCAUGCUGUAUGGUGUAGUGUCCAUAUUAGAUGGAAGGGAUCUGAAGUCUCUGGUCAACUUAACAGGGGAGCAGAUGGGGUCCUACUUUGGCUACGCAGUGGCAGCCACCGACAUCAACAACGACGGUUUGGAUGACCUGGUGGUGGGAGCUCCAAUGUUCAUGCGUCGAGGGUCCAGUGGGCAUCUGGUGGAGCUGGGUAAGGUGUAUGUGUACCUCCAGAGAGGCCCUCUGCUGCUGGAGCCAAGCCAGUCCCACCUCCUCGGUCAACAGGCCUUCAGCCGGUUUGGCACCUCGCUGGCUCCGCUGGGUGAUCUCAACCAGGAUGGAUUCAAUGACAUGGCCAUCGGCUGCCCCUAUGGAGGAGACGACCAGCAUGGAUUGGUUCUCAUUUAUAACGGUCAUGCUGGAGGACUGAUGGACACGGCCACUCAGACUUUCUCUGGCCAAUGGGCUUCCAGCUCUUUCCCAGCCAGUUUUGGCUUUGCUCUGCGAGGCAACAGAGAUCUGGAUCAAAACGGCUACCCAGAUCUGAUUGUUGGUGCUUUUGGGGUUGAUAAAGCAGUGCUAUACAGGGCUCGGCCAAUAGUGAGUGCCAAUGGGUCUCUUACAGUGCAGCCAUCUAUGUUCAACCAGGAGGAGAAGACUUGUGAGCUGUUCACAGGGAAUGAAACCAUUGCUGUGUCUUGUGUCAGCAUCAGUUUCUGCCUGCUUGCUAAUGGGAAGCACCUCCCCUCUCAUCUAGACUUUGUGAUGGAGGUUCAGUUGGACAGUGUGAAGCAGAACCAGGAGUCCAUCAAGAGGACUCUGUUCCUGGACAGCCAGCAGCCCAGUCUACUGAAGACCUUCAGCCUCACCAACGGAGAAUGCUUGUGCCAUGACACAAAGAUCUAUCUGCGGGGUGAAGAGGAGUUUCGGGAUAAACUCUCUCCCAUUUGCAUUAGCCUUAACUUCAGUCUGGAUCCUCAUUCCCCAGUGGAUCAGCAUGGCCUCAGACCAAUCCUGAAUUAUCAGACCGAACAGCGCAUAGUGCAGAAGGCCCAGAUUCAACUUGAUUGUGGAGAGGACAACAUCUGUGUCCCUGACCUCAAGCUGGCUGUUUAUGGUGACAGAACAGUGGUUUACCUGGGUGAUGAAAACUCCUUGAGCCUGACCUUCAAUGCCAGGAACGAGGGAGAGGGAGGGGCGUAUGAGACCGAGCUCUAUGUUGUGCUUCCCCCAGAGGCCGACUACAGUGGGAUAGCACGCAACAAUCUGAGCUUGACUCAGCUGACGUGCAGCUAUGAGACAGAAAACCAGACCCGCUAUCUUGUGUGUGAUCUGGGAAACCCCAUGAAGUCUGGUACCAGUUUAUGGGCUGGACUUCGAUUCACUGUACCCAGAGUGAAGGACACUCACAACAAUACUGUACAGUUUGAGCUCAAAAUACGAAGUAAAAAUGCAAAUAACUCAGAGAGUGAAGUCGUGCUGUAUGGGCUGGAAGUGGCUGCAUUGGCUGAUAUCAUUCUGCAGGGUGUUUCUCGCCCUGCCAAAGUCAUCUUUCCCCCUCCCAACUGGAGGGCUAGUCAGAGUCUGAGGGAAGAGCAGGACAUCGGCCCUGAGCUUCAGCAGGUCUAUGAGCUGACCCAAAGCCAGCAAACAAGAACCUCUCUAUGUCAUGGAGUAGGGGAAGCCCACCAGAGAGCUACACUGCUCAGUCUCUUCGCAUAGGAGAAGCAACAGCUGCAGCAUCCGUAACUCCUGUCUCAACGCUCAAGACUAUGCCGAUGGUCGUCAUCCGCCUACGAACAUUAUCUCCAGCCCAAAGCUCAAGCCAUCCUCGAUGCUCAAAAAGCAAUGAGUGCCCUUUGAUUGGUUGGCUCAUACAAUAAUGUUUUGAGAAAACUGCUGGGCUCUUUUAUUAACUCACUAGCCCGUUACCUCAACUAGCAAUCCAUGUAGAUUCAAAUGGCCUCACUACUAAAGCCUCACUGUCAUUUUAGUCUAUUUGGCUUUCCUACUAAGUGGUCAACUAGCUCUUCUUGCUGGCACUUCCAUGUAAGUGCAUCGAAGGCCAGGGGGGUUUGCUUGGUAUGGUCGUUUUGGGGGUCUUUGCUGCUGCUCUCCCAGAACAGAGCCAUACCACCAAAUAUAUAGUGUACAGUCUCCUCCUUGACGAAUGCACCGAUAUAAGCGUGUCACAGUACCUUGGUGUGGUGGUCCGCUACUUUUUUGAACAGAAGGGAAAGGUGCUCUCCACAUUUUUAGGGCUGAUUAAGUUGGAGGGUGGGGAUGCCAGGUCAAUAGCCGUUUUGGCUUUCCUUGAGAAAUGUGCCCUCAAAAAAAGAACCUCCUGGGCAUUGGCACAGAUAAAGCAUCUGUGAUGACAGGGGUGCACAAUAGGGUACACAAAAUUCUGAGAGAGGAGAGUGGCCUCAAAAAUCUGGUCCUCAUCUGCUGUGUUUAUCACUCUUUACAGUUAGCAGUGAGCUCUGCCUCUAAGAACACAAUCCCACAAAAUGUGGGGUAUAUGAUAAGAGAAACUUGCAAGUGGUUCUCUAUAUCUCCAAAGCUCAAAGAGGCAUACAAGGCGGUUGUUGUGGUUAAUUUUCUUCUUAUUAUUCAGCCUUCAAUAACUUUAAAGUUCCCCUCCAGACACAUUUUAAAGUAUGUAAAAAUACUCUGCUAUGAUUCAUGUUUUGUUUAACAUGGCUUUCCCACAUAAAAACUUUUUUAAAAACUCUGAAAAGGGGCUGGAAGCACAUCUAAUCUUUCUGCCUCAUUGAGAAAUUCUGGAUCUAUGAAUGCCCCACCACCGCUGCAAGUUAGGUUGAUUUGUGCCGGUGAGAGCAUGUAUGUGGGUGAGAGACAUAGAUCCAUGGUGAGCGAGCGGUGCACAUCAAAAUGGCUAGAGUUACAGGAAACAUCAGAGAGAUUCAGGCAGCCAUACAUGUUUGAACCUCAGUCAGACCCAGAUGAGGAGUCUAUUGUGCACCAAAAUCGGCAACUAGCAGACAUAUCAGAAUGGUAAGCAUAGUUAGCAUCUCUUAUUUAUGUUGUUUGUUAUCUUGUAACUGGCAGUGGCUGACACAGAGUUAGUGGUUGUGAAACAUACAAUAAUAUCUGCUACGAUGUUACAUCCAAAAACUGCACAGUCUACCAUGUUUGCUGUCAAAACUUUCACUAAGCUAACUUAGUGCAAACUCUCGCUCUCUGACAAGUCAGCUCUGUGCUGGAGGUUUCAGGUUUCUUUGCUGGUGGCAUUGUGAUUGGUUUUUGGAUUUGUGACGUCCCAAAUCUAGUUUGCCCGGAGUACGUUUGAAUCUCAGAUUUUAGGGAAGCAGAAUGUGAAAACACCUCUCUAGUGACAAACCUUGCAUAGAUACAUGUCAGUAAAGUCAAGGUCUGACAUUUUAGGGGACUUAAACAUAAGAAAAACACAUUUUUGAGUGGAGGGGUACUUUAAAUAAAUGGUUCCUACAAACCUGAUAGUACUUAAACGGUGAGAUACAGAAGAACGAAACUCUUAAUUUCUUUAGUACAUUUAUUCUUCGGAUUGCAGAAAGUAUAAUACAAAUCUGGAAUACAAAGGGUCUAGAUUCAGAAUGCAGAACAACAUUUCUCCCGGCAUCAAUUUUUAAACCUUUCAUACUAAGCUCCUACUGAUGGGAUGUGAUGUUUCUGGUUGGUCAAUAAUCAAAAUGCGGAAGUCACUGAUACUCAGUGAUACUCUGAUUAGUUAUGAAUUAAAGAUGGGAUUCUAUGCUAUUACACUUUUACCCACUUGGAGUCGCAAUUACACAAGGAAACUUUCUGAUGGGUAAGAUUUUUGAACGGAUCAUGUGCGAUUUCAACUGUCUCUAAGCGACACACCUGUCUACCUGAACUUUAUCCUAGACUCCUGCGGAACAGGAGGAUCCAGACACAUAGAUACAAUUCCUGGCAAAAGGACUUUUACUGUUUCUCCCCCCUGAUGAAAAGUGCUAAUCAGCAAACUUCCCAGGCUCUAGCCAACAAAAUGGCCUUGGCUCCCACCAUGUUCGUGUUGCUUUCUGAUCAUAAAUUCAGUGCUUUCUUUGAUUAAAAUGAAAUACAUCUGGGAAAUACAAAUAAUAUGGUUGCUUUGAUCAAAACAAACAUAUAUAGGUUAUAAAUUGAGUUCAUUUAAGGGGUAAAUAUGCUGGUUUAAACUUGGUUAUGACAAAUAGUAAAAAUAAUCCAUCUGUCAUUAAUAAUCAAUUAAGACACUUCUAAGGUUUAAAAGUAGAGAGUGAAUGAAGAGAGAGAGCGACGUUGGUGAGAACAAAGCAGUGAAUCAGAAAAAUAAAAUCAUUAUUUUCUGAUUGUUUUACAGCGCUUACAUUGUAAAGCACAAAUAACACUGCCACACUUCCACACAAACCUGCAGGAAGGAGCCACAUUGUCGGAUUUUGUGUGAAUGCAGGCUAAGCAAUGCUUUCGCCUCUGCUCUGCCUGUGUGUGUGUGUGUGAGCAGCCCCACUCUCGGUCAAAAAUACACACAAACCAAGUAAAGAGCAGCUCUUUAUACAUCUGCAGUCUCGCAUAGCCAGACCUAUCUGCACACUUUGUUUUAGCACUAUGUCAGCACUGGAGAUACAUCUAUGACACCGACAGAGAGCAGGGAGAGACGGAAACACUGAUGUAAUCUGCUCGCAACGUUUUUACAGAGUCCCGACCUCACAUCCUGCACGCUGUUAUUGGCUGGGGGCUACACACCACUGCCAAAAGAUUGAGGCCCAGAAAUGUCCUGAACACAGCAAACUAAUAAGAAACUAAAAAAAUACGGGCAGAGGGCAGGGUCUCUGCAGACCCCGCCACACACUUCUAGUUAGUGGGUCAUAAGUGAUGAUUUGAGAGGGAUUAUUUUUGUAUGAGUCUAUACAUUGUUUUUUUUUUUUUUAUGAAAAUCCUACUUAUUCUGCCUUUAAUUGUAAUAUGCAUAGAACAGUAUAUUUUCAAAUUUGCACCAACCAGACCAAACCUUGGUGUUACUUCCCGCUAAGUCCCAUUUGGUAGUGCCACAUUCUCUUCACAAGUAGUGGCAAAUCCUCUUCUGUGCAUUUUAGUAUGUAAGCGCUCAUCAUUUAUUAGUGUAACUUGUGCCCUGUGCAUAUGUGCCUUACAUAUAAUACUACCAUCUACACAUCGUGCAAGUGAUUCAUUAGUGUGGGGUGUUGGCUUUGCCAUAGCACGUCACUGUUUAAUGUGAUAUCUAUCACUUCCAGUUAUUUUCAGAAUAUAGCAUUAACAUAAUAGUGCCUGAGCCCUCUGUCUUCAAAACUAAAGUGGACAGCCUUCCUUACUCUAUACUGACUGUCAGGUGGUACAUUUCAUGGUCCUCCUCUAUAACGUGGUAGGUGGUGUGUGAUAUUUCGUCAGCUAGGCUGGCAGCCAGGUUCCAAAGCAAUCGAUAAACAGUUCAUAGCCAAUUCGUCAAGCAUUAUUGUAUUAGUGUCGACACGUCUACGGUCAUCAGCUAUCCAAUCGGGGGCCGAAUGUGAGACAGGAAAUUCAGGUGCCAGUGACUUCUCAAGAAGCAACUCUCUUUCACUUUGGCUUGCCACCAUCAUGCCUGUCUCAGGGACUAGGUUACCCAUGUAUCUCAUUAUGAUGGCUUUGGUACAGGUGAGGAGAAGAGUACAGCUGCAAACCAGUCAAGAUUAUUGGGAGCAAUAUUUGUACCAACAUUGCACCCAAUGGACCAAACCAACCCUGCAAUAGGCUUGCAAAGAAUCUCCCUAUGCCUUCAGAUGGUCCGAAGGCAUCCCUAAUAUCUGCUGCAAUGACAUUAGUGAUGUUGUCAAGGUGUAACAGGCUUCCUCCGUUAGAUUCAAAGUUACACAUAGACUGCCAGUUUUAGCUAAGAUGUAAUCCACGGCCAUCUUAAGUAAAGCAGUGACUACGCUGCGUGUCUGAUAACAACUGGAAUCCUUUAACAAACCAUCAUCAUCAACACGGUCUGAGACAAUUAACUGUGUUCAGAAGCCUUUGCAGAUUACAAAGGGGUGUGCCACAUGUUGGCUGUCCAUAGAGCAUGCUGUGUCUCGAAUCCUGGACCAAUGGGAGGAGCUGAAAUUUCACUUCAGCCUCACCGAGGCAAGAGAGCACUGUUACAUGACAGAUGUUCUACACUCCAUGUACAGUGAUCUACAAAACGUCCUGUACCUCACUUUAAAAAAAAUCUUCACUGAUGUACAGUCUGCUGUCAAGGCUUUUGAGUGGGAGCAGACUGACCCUCUAUAGCUGCUUAACGGUCUUAUUCUUCUAAUCAGCUCAGUCUGCAACAGAGUCAUUAACCCGUUGGCUAGAAUUGAUGUACUCAAAGAGCCCAUUGAAGGGCACAUUAUCACCAAGCCGUACCUUGGCUACCCAUUUGAGAACUGAGCCUCUCCCUUGAAAAUGAGAGCAAUGUGCGGGUGACAUGUGUGAGCUACACCAUAUCCGUGGGAAAUGAGCUAAAGGCAAGGCUCCACAAUUGGAGAUAGUGCAGCAUAUGUCUCUCUUUAAUGUGUGUGUGGUCUAAUAUAUAUUCUAUAUAUUAGAUAUGGCCUGAAGCUGGCCGUGGAUGCAUGCUAUGAGCAUAAGCUGCCAGACAAAGUGCUGGAUCUCUGGAUUAGGGUGUUCCUAUAGCUUGUAAAUAUGUAACUAGUUUGUUUGAUCUUGUAAAUAUUUAAAUAGUUCCUUCUCCCUCCCUUUGUAGAUUUUUUUUUUUUUACUUUUUUACUUCAAAUAUAUGAUGUCCCUGUAGUGAGUAUGUGAUUAUUUGGCUAGAGAUUUCUCUACCUACUUUUAUAUAUGGCUUUAGGUGAUCUCCCUCGCUGCAACCGACACAACCACUAAGCAUUGUUCAAAUUAAUGUUGGAUGACGUCACAAAUAUGCAAAUGAGUGUAUGACGUCAUUUGGUGACUUUUAGCAACUUUUGGAGCUAGUGCUAGCUACUUUCAUUGGAAAAUAGUUGGCAACACUGGCGGAAGCUUCAGUGGAGGUUUAAGUUAAAUGCUUCAUGUACAUCAUGAUUUAUUCGUUAAGUCUGUUUCCAUUGCACUUUGAUGCAUUUUGCUUUUAUCGAUACACCAACUUUUCUACUUAAACCAAGUGUAAAAACCUUUUUGCGAUAUUUUGAGAUUUUUUCGAAUUUCCACUACAGUUUUCUUAUGUGCAAAUUGGCAAUGCACAUAAAAACAGGUGGAUGUAAACCCACCUGUUGUUGUUCUCUAGCUAACAGAAGCUAACUGACUAAAUUUGGUAGCAGUUGUGGAGCUCACUUACUUAAGAAGCAGGGGGCGGUGACAACACCAUAGUCAUGAAAAGGGACAUUAAGAAAAAAUAGCAUGAAAUAAAAGUGUCUUUGGGGAAAAUUCCAUUAUAUAAGAAACAUUUCUAAUAUGAAAUACAAAUGAACCCCUAUAAAACCCUGUAUAAAAUAAUUUAAUAAUAUGAAAUUAUUUCAGAAAUUAUUGGUUCAUUUAUAUAUUUUUCAGACUUUAUUCAUAUGACUAUACAUUUUAUAAUUACUUAUUUAUUCAUUUAAUAUUAAACACUUCAUUGGUUUAUUAUAAAUAUGUUUAUAUGUUGCAGUUAUUUUCAUAAGUCAUGGGAGGGUCCAAAAAAAUAAGGAUCUUGCUUUUUUAUAAAAUAAAUUGAGAUUCAGCCUCUUUCCCCACCACAAUCAUUUUCGUACAGUCUCUAAGGCAAACACAAAUCCAUUAUAUUGUAUGAAAAAGGAUUUAUCUUUAUAUACCCUGCAUCAGAUGUGCAAUGUGUCUGUCCUUAAGCAGAUGUUUGCAGAAAAAAGCAUCUAAGUUCAAACUAUCUCUCUCUUACAGUUGGUGAAUAAUGGUCCCAGUGUGGUCAGUCAGUCGACAUUAGAGGUGCGAUGUCCUCUGAGGGCUCACAACCACGAGCUGCUCUACCCUGUGGAGGUGGCCAUUGAGGGGCCACUCAGCUGCUCC